AUGGAGCUACAGAAUCUAACAGGUGUCUCAGAAUUCCUUCUCCUGGGCCUUUCUGAGGAUCCAGAAGAGCAGCCCGUCCUCUUUGGUCUGUUCCUGUCCAUGUACCUGAUCACUGUGGCUGGUAACUUGCUCAUUAUCCUAGCCACCAGCUCUGACUCCCACCUGCACACCCCCAUGUACUUCUUCCUCUCCAAUCUGUCAUUGGCUGACAUUGGUUUCAUCUCCACCACAGUCCCAAAGAUGCUAGUGAACAUCCAGUCGCAGAGAAAAGCCAUCUCUUAUGUGGACUGCUUAACGCAAUUGUCUUUUUUUUAUCUCUUUGGAUGUCUGGACAAUCUAUUACUCACUGCAAUGGCUUAUGACCGGCUUGUGGCCAUCUGUGACCCCUUGCACUACACAGUCAUCAUGAACCCCCGCCUCUGUGGUUUGGUAGUUUUAGUAUCUUUUUUCAUAGGCCUUUUGGAGUCUCAGCUGCACGUUUCAAUGGUGUCACAACUUACUUUCUGCACAGAUGUGGAAGUCCCUAGUUUCUUCUGCGACCCUUCUCAACUCUUUAACCUUGCGUGUUCUGACACCUCCACUAAUGCCAUACUAAUAUAUUGCAUUGGUGCUGUCUUUGGUGGUGUUCCAGGCUUGGUGAUCCUUUUCUCUUACACUCGAAUUAUUUCCUCCAUUCUGAAAGUCUCAUUUUCAAGUGGGAAAUAUAAAGCCUUUUCCACCUGUGGCUCUCACCUGUCAGUUGUUUGUUUAUUUUAUGGAACAGGCCUUGGAGUGUACUUCAGUUCAGCUGUCUCAUCUUCUGCCAGAAAAGGUGCUGUGGCCUCAGUGAUGUACACUGUGGUCACCCCCAUGCUGAACCCCUUCAUUUACAGCCUGAGGAACAGGGACAUCAAGAGAGCCCUGCAGAAGCUCUUCAGCAGAAUAUUCUGA